CUGAGCAUGCGGAAUAGCCACCCACCCCGCAGGAGAAGGGCGCCUCUGAGCUUGCAAAGAGUUCAUUCCUCCGCUUCCGGCUUGCAAGGGUACUGCGCUGAUUUGGAGCAAAAUGGCGAUGGAUGUUACUUUCCUGGGGACCGGGGCUGCAUACCCGUCUCCAACGAGAGGAGCCUCGGCUACGGUGGUCCGUUUUGAAGGAGAAAGCUGGUUGUUCGAUUGUGGCGAGGGGACGCAAACCCAGUUCAUGAAAAGUCAUCUGAAAGCAGGUAGGAUUGCCAAGAUCUUUAUAACACACCUCCACGGGGAUCACGUCUUUGGCCUCCCUGGGCUUCUUUGUACGAUCAGCCUCCAGAGUAGCCCUGCCACAAACAAGCUGCCGGUUGAGAUUUAUGGACCUCUCGGGCUGAGGAGCUUCCUCUGCCGAACUUUGGAGCUUUCCCACUCGCAGCUCGCCUUCCCUUGGGUCGUUCACGAACUUGUGCCUACGCCAGACCAGUGCCCUGCAGAGGAACGGAAGGAGCUGUCUUUUGUGGACAGAGACAAGGUCUCGUCUGAAGAGGCACCAGGAAAAACCCUUCACCUGGACCCUGUAGAAGACUCGUACACCUUGGUGGACAACUCUCAGUUUGUGGUGAAGGCGUUUAGGCUGUUUCACCGCAUUCCUUCCUUCGGAUUUCUCGUGGAAGAGAAGCCACGGCCUGGCAAACUCAACGCCCAGAAGCUGAAGGAACUAGGAGUUCCACCAGGCCCUAUAUACGGCAGACUGAAAGACGGGGCUACAGUUGUCCUGGAAAACGGUACAACCAUCUUUCCUUCAGAUGUCAUGGAAGACCCGCUUCCUGGGAGAAAAGUUUGCAUUUUAGGAGACUGCUCUGGCAUUGUAGGAGACGGAGCAGCAGCCCUUUGUUAUGGAGCCGAUCUCUUGGUUCACGAAGCCACGCUGGACGAUGCCCAGGCAGACAAGGCGAAGGAGCACGGUCACAGCACCCCACAGGUGGCAGCGGAGUUUGCAAAGCUGUGCAAAGUGAAGAAACUGGUUCUAUCUCACUUCAGUCAGAGAUACAAGCCCGCCGGUCAGACUGGUGAAGGAGAUGUGGAUGUCAUGGAGCUGAAGAGGCAAGCCGAGCGGGUGCUGGAUGGCCAAGAAGUGGUGUUAGCCGAGGAUUUUAUGACCAUUGAUAUUCCAAUGAAAAAAGUAACAAUAGCACCGCCAAAUUAAUUUGCUGUUAGGCUGAACCUAUAGCUAUAGUUUACUUCCAAAUUAGUUUCUUAAUGCCCAGUUGGAGGGGGUUGCGGACCUGAUCCAUAGGACUUACUUAUGGGCACUUUUCCUACUUGAAAGACCUCAUCCUUGCUUUCCUUUUGACCAGUAUAUUAAUUAAAUCAUUAGAAGACUGGGCUAGCAAGCUUACUUUCUGCUGAAGGCAUAAUGAGCUAGCUUACCCUUUGAUCUCAGGCAAACCGUUACAAAUUUCUGUUUCCUAAACUAAGCAUUCUUAAGAGUCGUCGUGCAUAUCUGUUGAAAAUAGGUUUGGAGUGAAGUGCAAUCUGGGAUGGAAUUAUAAUGGGGGAAAGGUGGGUAGACCCUAGUGCCUGCAGGUGAUAUCAGACUCCAUGAUCCAUCUGCUAUAACACAGACCUGUGCAAUGUGGCAAAAUCAUAAAACAGGGAUUGGAAAUAUGUGCAGUCGGAGAACUCAAGUGCACGAUCUCAUCCACAGACAGCACAUCAACUCACAAAACCAUGGUUCAUUUAUUUCAUAAAAUUUAUAUUGCACUCGAUUGUCAGAUACUUCAAAGUGGUUUACAAAAGGAACGCUGAAAUCCUCAGUCAAAACGGUUAAGAACAACUAUUUUUACAAUUCGAAACAAUAUAUAAUUGGUGAUAAACUAAAAACAGGUUAAACACACACACCAACAUGAUAGAUAUCUACUUAGGCUUGUUUAAACAAAUAUUUUUUAGCAGGUGGCAGAAAGAGUACCGUGAAGGUGCCUGCCUCAUGUCAAUAGGCAAGGAGUUCCAAAGUGCAGUACCACCAUAAUCAAAUAUCAAUUUCUUACAAAUGCAGUUUAUUUGGCACCUGUAAUAGUACCACAAGAACUGGUGUUCCAAUUACUGUUUUGUUUUGCGUAGAAAGAAAUGCAGCAGAAGGCAACUCUGUGUUGGAUGACCAAGCGUUGGGGCUUCGCUUUAACUGCGGCAAUGUAACCCCCGUGCUGCUUCAGCAGAAGCCGCUGCAUAGAAGUGAGAUGCACGAGGGAUUGCGAAAUGUGGUUCAUCUCCUCUGCAGCUUCUAAAAUGUCACGAAACUGGAUAUCUUUUACUUCCCUUUUUGUUUUUUUGGAUCCAAGUGCAUCCAGAGUUUAAAAAUACUUCUGCCUCCCCUGAGAUCCCAUCCGAGCUCAGAUGACCUUGAUCUAAUUUUAAACUUGGCACGCACAUUAGGUAUGAAGGCUGAAUCUUUCCCAUGUUCAAACAAAGAGGGAGUGGCUUGGGCCAAAGAUCCCAACUGCUGCGCACAUUCUCCCCUUUAAAUAGCAUAGCCUGGCUCGGUUUCCCCAGGGUUUCCUCCUUGUUCAGUGUCCCAAGCCAAGUCAAAUUUCCUGCAACUAAUCAAUAUGAGUUCAACACUUUCUCCCCGCAAGCAGGUCCCUGAUCCAGUUUGCAAUUAUUGCAUCUCAUUGCAGCCAUGUGUCAAGAAUGCUUUGAUGGUGUUUCCUGCUUGGCAGGGGGUUGGACUGGAUGGCCCUUGGAGUCUCUUCCAACUCUGUGAUUCUAUGAAAUGCUAGGUGGUUUUAUGAUUGGCGGGGACGGGAUUCUGAACUGUGGAAAUUCUUGGACUCUGGCAACCAGCAAGCAAGCACAGCUUUGUACAAUUGGAUUAUCUUGGCUUGUUCACCCAAGCUGAAGUUGGGCUGGAGCAGGGGCUGGUAAGGACCUUACAUCCCAUCCAAAAAGUGAGGAGGGGGACGUCUUUUGGUGGUUCCCAGGCUCAGAUCCCUUGCUUUAUAGAAACAGACUUGCAUGAAGGGGUCCUUAGGAUCAUCUAGUUGUUAUAAAAUCAUAUUGGGGGGGGGGGUUGCAGGACACCAUUAUUAAUGAACAGAGAGGGGUGACAGAAUUUGACAGCUGCAAUACCCAGAAUCCUGUUCAAUGCCAUCUUCCCUGUCUCCCCACCCCUCCCGCUAGGACGCGACCCUGCCUGAAGGAAGGCUUAAGGAUCUGCAUAUGCACAACAGUUAGCAUAAACUCACACAUUUCCCCUCUCCACCUCCCCUCCGCCCAGAACAAAACAGUGUUCCAGAAGAAGGGGGGGGAACCGCCCAAAUCCAAAGUGACACUUUUCUACUCAAGUUAAUAAUACAGCCUAUUAUAUGUUCUCUUACCAUGAAAUCUCUAUCCGCUGCCUCUGUAUUAGAAUUGCUGUUUUAUAUCUUAGAACUGUAUAUGUCAGGACUGCUACCUUUUAAUUAGAAAUCCCUGUAUUAGGUAUGUUUUCCAGGUAUAUUUUCUGUAUGAACCCUGUAUGAUCCCAACCCACCUGAACCUUGCCCUACUAACACCCUAUACCCAUUCAAGGACACACGGACAAUAGAGGGAUUAGCUGGAACAACUUUAUUCAAAUAAAUUGCCAUCCUCAACGUAGCCCACCCUUCCAUGGCCUGGAGGAAAACACCUGCCGGGCGGACUUCCACCCCACGGAAAUCGCCAGGAACUGCCCCACCUCUGCACCCAUCUCGACUGAUUGCCCUUCCUGCCAAACAACAGGGAGCACCAUCAGCGACAGGAGAAGAGCGAUUGACAUCCCGCCAUCUGAAAGGAAAAGUCAUCUCCACACCCAGCUAAUCCGAUCCCCCACCCGUCGCCCUUGUCUCCCCCUCCCUCCCAGUCCAGAGAUUUCCAUGCAGGGACAGGAGGGCAUAAAAAGGGGCUUCACCAUUUCCUGGGGUUCCUUCCUUCUUUCCAGAGGCAGGGACCCUACAGCUGUAGCUUUGCAUUCUGCAAUAAAGGGAUCAGUUUGUUUUUCCUGACAGCAUCCUGUGGUCUCUGUCAUUUUCCUGGCGGAGCUGAACUUAGUGCAAAUUUUGGAGCUUCCGACCCGCGUCUGUCCUUCUUAAAAGGCAACGCAUUUUGG